AUGUCCAAGAAAUCGUUGAAGGAACAAUACAUACUCAAAGUGAAACCACCUCAACUAAUGAACGACAACGUAAUUGUCGAGAGCGUAAAAGAACAGAAUCUGGGAAGGAGCUCUGGACCAUUUUGCUUCAAAAUCCAAGGUUCUAUUUAUUAUCAAAUUAAUACAACUUUGAAACCCAUAUUGGGUGAAAAUCCAAGUUAUGGACAACUUUUUAUAAUUGAUCCAAACGAAGCUACAGAAAUUAGGUCAAAUGUUAAUGUUCAUCUUGAUCCCGAAAUUUUAAGAAGUCUUGAUCGUGUACUUCGUGAUGUUAAUAUUUUUUGUCAAGCAUACGAAAUGAUGGGAGAAGAAAUACGUAAUCAAGAAAGAUUAGCUUCAGAUAGCAAUGACAAAAUCCCUCAAUUACAAUUGCUAUUUACUUUAAAACCAGGCAUGGAUAAAAAUAGAUAUAAUUUUCAAAGAACAAAUGAAGUCGCAGCUGUAUUUUCAACUACAGCUGAUGGAGAAAUUCCAGAUUCGUAUGUUGUAGUAUGUAACAAAGAAACUAAAGUUUUACAAAAAGUCAGUACAAUGGAUCCUAAUGUAGAGCCAUGGGUAUAUCCACUUUUUUAUCCUUUUGGAACAAGAGGUUGGGACAAAGAUAUAAUGCGAACGACAGAUAAACGUCCUCGACGGGUCACAAGAUCUGCAUACAUUAAAUUUAGAUUAGCUAUUCGUAACAAUGAAUUUAACACUUUUAAUUUAGGUCGAAGAUUAUUUCAACAAUGGGUUGUCGAUAAUUACGUAAAAAUAGAAAAAGACCGGACAGAAUAUUGUAAAUCUAAUCAAACUAAAUUACGAGUUGAAACAUAUCAAGGAUUAUUUGAUUUCAUGCAGAAUACUGCAAAUAGUGUAGAUGGUCGUAUUGGAAAAAUGAUUGUUCUUCCUUCUACUUUUAUUGGAUCACCUCGAUAUAUGAUGCAAAAUUAUCAAGAUUCAAUGGCUAUUGUUCGAAAAUUUGGCAAGCCAGAUUUAUUUAUAACAAUGACUUGUAAUCCUAAGUGGCGUGAAAUUAUUGAAAAUCUUCUUCCAGAUCAAGUAGCAUCUGAUCGUCCAGACAUCUCUGAAAUUCCAGAUAACAAUAUUGAACCAGAAUUGCAUAAAAUUAUUAUGAGGCAUAAUAUACAUGGACCUUGUCGAGAAGGUUUAUGCAUUGUAAAUGGAAAAUGUUCUAAAAAAUUUCCAAAACCAUUUCAAGAAGAGACAGUUAUAAAUGAAAGAGGUCAAGUACAUUAUCAACGAAAAGAUACAAACACAACAUUUGUUAGAACAGGCGGAUAUGAAAUUGAUAAUCGAUAUGUUGUUCCUUAUAAUCCAUUUUUGUCCAAACGAUACAAUUGUCAUAUUAAUGUUGAGGUCGUUGGAGGAGGCAUAGAAUCUGUCAAGUACUUACAUAAAUAUAUGUAUAAAGGACAUGAUUCUGCUGCAAUAAAUAUAAGUGAAACUUCAAAUGAAGAAUCUAUUGUUAAUCAUGACGAAAUAAAAAAUUUUAUUGAUGGAAGAUAUGUUGGACCAGUUGAAGCAUGCUGGCGAAUUUUAAAUAAACCUUUACAAGAAAAAAGUCAUAGUGUAAUGCGUUUACCAGUACAUUUACCAAAUGAGCAAAAUAUAUUUAUAGAGAGUACUGAAGAAAAUGCACUUCAAGAGGUAAUGGAUUCUGCUGUUGAUCAAGUUACUAUGUUACUUGAUUAUUUUGCAUUAAACUCUAGAGAUGAGGAAGCUAGAAAAUACUCAUAUACAAAUAUUCCUUCUAAUUAUGUGUUUAAAAAAACAAAAAUUAAUGGUGCUCAAAGUUAUGGAGAUUUACGAACUGUGGAUGGAAUAACUUAUGAUACAUUUACAGCUGCAUGUCUGGCAUUAGGUCUUAUAGAAGACGAUGAAGAGUGGAAAAAAGCUAUGAAUGAAGCAAUACUUUGGAUGAUGCCUUCAAGUCUUAGAAAAUUAUUUGUACGCAUAUUAAUCCAUUGUCAACCUACCAAUCCCAAAAACCUUUGGGAAGAAUUUAAAAAUGCUAUGUCGGAAGAUUUUUCACGUUAUGGUUGUCAACAAGAAGCUUAUAAGCGAGCUUAUUCUGAAAUUAAUACCUUAAUUUGUGCAGAAGGACGAAGAAUGUCAGAUUUUCCUGAAAUGGAACAAAUAAUAAAUGAAGUUACUGAAAUAAUAAACAGUGAAAUUAAUUCAGAAAAUAUGAGUAAGGGUCAAGAACAAUAUAAUAAAUUAAAUGAAAAACAAAAAGAAUUUGUAGAUAUUAUUUUACAAGUUGCAAAUAACAAUGUGAAAGAUGAUGUUAAUUUUAAUAAUUGUUUUUAUAUAGAUGGUCCAGGUGGAUCAGGAAAAACCUUUGUAUAUACAACUUUAUAUUAUCUCUUAAAAAGUAAAAAUAAACAAUUCCUCUUUUCUAUGAUUCAUCCUCAAACAUAA